AUGGCGGUGGCAGCUCUACAGAACUCCUUCACUUCCCUUUCUCUCUCCUCCAACAGUUUUCUGGGCCAACGCUUCUCCGUUCCUCUUUCCCCUCCCCAAGUCGCAGUUACAGACAAACCUUGUUCCAUUUCAGCAAAGAUUAAACGAUGGGAACGGAAAGAAUGCAAGCCCAACAGCCUUCCGGUGCUACAUAAGAUGCAUGUUAAGAUUGGUGACACCGUAAAAAUCAUUUCUGGACGAGACAAAGGUAAAAUUGGCGAAGUUUAUGAGAUCUUCAAGCACAACAGCACCAUUAAAGUGAAAGAAAUUAACUUGAAGACCAAGCAUGUUAAGAGUAGGGGAGAGGAUGAACCAGGGAAAAUUAUCCAGAUUGAAGCACCUAUUCACAGCUCAAACGUGAUGCUGUACUCCAAGGAGAAAAAUGUGGCGAGCCGGGUUGGUCAUAAAACAUUAGAUAAUGGAAAACGGGUUCGAUACCUCAUAAAGACUGGGGAAAUCAUUGACAGUGCAGAGAACUGGAAGAGAGCGAUUAAAGAGAAAAAGGAGGAGAAAGAAGUAGUUGCUGCUUCGUGA